CAAUAUUGAAAUAGAAGGCGGAGCCCUCUAGCUUUUAUCAUUUAUUUUUAUGCAUACUGCUAUAUACUGUCAGCUUUCAUUAUACCAAUUCUUUGAAGUCGUCUUAAGUCUCAUCGUAGUGAUAAUAAUGAAAUAUUGGCUGCUGUUGGCAACAGGAAGACGCAGCCAGGCACGGAAUAGCACGUGUAUCGAUCGUGACUUCCUCGAAGGCGUCCAAUUCGCCUUCCACCUUCCAAGUUCGCGCCAGCUGAAAAUCGACCAAGCUUGAUCUUUUGACCCUUUUGGAUCGCCUCAAAUGCUGAGAUCCCCUCAUCGCAAAUCAAUUCAUCGCUCCCGAGACCAGAGUCUGUAUCUACCAGAGCAACACGAUUGUCCCGUGAGGUGUCCACCCCUGGCGCCAAUGCAGGCACACAAUGCGAGUGUCUCCUCUACGGUGUCCAGAAUCCAUACUGCCGCGAAGAAAAAAAAGAGCUAUCACCAGAGAAAGGCGUGCUGCUCAAGUGACAUGGCCUUGUGUGCAUCACGAGGGGUUGGACCAUGUCUCGCUUACAUGGUUCACCAGCUGUUCGAGCGUCCAGCCUCCUCAAAGAACCUAUUUUGCAGCAUUGCCCCCCAAGCGUUUGUACGGAACUAAACGCAGCCUCGAACCAAGAACCCACGAAAUCAAAAUCACGAGCCAAACAAAGUGUCUGGAAAUUGCCUGGGCCCACGCGGCGUGCUUUGGCCAUUUACCCGUUCGUUAGCGCGACGGUGAUCCUCACAUGCAGCCUUGAUGCUUGCUUGUCUUAUGCGUCAGUCAUUCUCCUGUAUCGGAAUAAAGACUGGACGAUCGUCUUAUCAAAUGAUCUGGCCAACUAUCUAGCUAGAGCUCGCAUGCAUCUGCGAGAUGUUGGAAUUACUUUUGCAACAGG